AUGGUUUCUGGUCCCAAACCUAGUUUUAGUGUCCUCACCUUCCUCCUUUCUAUACAGCCUCUCAUCUUUUGCCUAUCAAUCAAUGCAUCACCUCCGCCUACAGCUGCAUUAUCGACAGCGGCAUCGACCGUUCCUCCAUCACCCACUUCCUUCGCCACUACUUCCAAUUCACACACUAACAUUUGUACUUCUCAAAACGCCGCUGACCGCCGUUUCGACUUACCGAGAGAUAACGGCGGUGCAGUUGUUUGCCCCAAGCCUCAGCGAAUUAGGGUCCUGCAGUUGCAUUUGUAUCAAGCCAAGGUAAGCGAUUCUAAAGCUGGUGCGGUGUGUCUUGAUGUCAUCGUCAACAAGGAGGAUUUAGAGAUAGAACAAGGACAAUCUAUAGCAUCAUCACCUCCGUUCUUUUGCGGAUCGCCUCCGAGCAGGGCUACGAAUCCACUUGUGCAAGAUGCUCGGUUCAACGACGAGAGGCUUGCACAAGCGCUUUCGACGCUGCAAAUUCCAUGUGCAUCAUCAUCACUUGCAAUUAAAGCAGGGUGUAUUAGGAUGAAAUUUGGCCUUAAACCGGCCGCAGUUAGAGUUGAAGGAUUUGAUUGCCUUAGCAGGGAUAGCCAAAAUUCCGGAGUCCCUGCCAUGGCUUAGAAAUCAAAUUAACAUGGUUUAGUAGUGUAUAUAUG